AUGAUUUCUCAGGAAGAAGUCGAGGAAAUCGUGAACAACUCGGAAGAAGUCCGAAAAGCCGAUGAGACGUUCCGGAAGCUCUACAAACAAUUGCAGAAAUCGGAAGAUAAUGUAUAUGAUUUGAAGUAUCGAAUGGAGAAGAUUCAGGUGGGUGAAAUCGAGAAAUUUGAAUUUUAGUUAUCUUUUUCAUUCUCUGACGUCUAUAAUGAGCUUCGCGGAAUCAUUUAUUGUUCGAAAAUCCUUUUUAAAGGAGCAUUUAUAAAACUUCAUGAAGGUCUCACAGCGAAAAGCCGCUCUCAGUGCAUUUUUAAGUUUUACGGGAUUUUCCAGGGCUUUUGAAAUUUUGAAAAAAGGCUUAUACUGAGAAAAAUUUUCAGUGGCCACUGUAGAGGCUCGCCAAGAACUACUUGGAGAGGACACUAAAGUGGCCACUAUUUUCCGUUUUAGUGGUCACUUCAGUAGUUUUUCAUCCCGUAUUCCUUCCAGUAACUCUGAUAAUUUAAAAACAAACAGAUUGGACCAGUUAUUUUAAUCCAUUGACCCCUAAAGUGGCCACUAAAACGUUUAGUGGUCUAGUAGUAGCACUUAGACUUCUAUAGUGGACACUAACUUUUAACCCCUUAAUUGGCCACUAAAACGUCAAAACCCUAUAGUUGUCACUAAAAAUUUUCCUUGUAAUGAGUAAAAAAAUGAAUUUGUACUUUGAAGGCGUCAUUUAAAAAUUUUAAACUUUUUUUUUAAAAAAAUAUUUAUAAUGAAAAAGGUAGUGCUAUGGUAAACCUUGAAUUCACUGAAAAAUUUCAAAUUUCAGGGAAAAAUCGACGGCACGAAGUACAAGACGUUGAUGACGAUGAUCGACGACGAGAUGAGGUUAAAUUUUUUUUUAUAGAAUUUAAGAUUCGAAUUUUAGAUGGCUGACGGAUUUCCCUAAAGUGGCCUGCGAGGAAUAUCAAGCUCGACGACGGGCACUUCGACGACGCUGCUGGCCCGUUCUCAUCCGCAAUUUCUCAUUUUAA